CACAUAUACAAUUGCUGUACGUUCCUCAGCACAUGGACAUAGCUCCACCCGCAACAAUGAACGAAUUUACACGCGUAGCACUGCUGCUUAGCAGCUUAUGGACAAUUUCCACGGAAGCACUCAACUCCACAUUCUACAAUCCAGUUCUACCAGGCUGGAACUCAGAUCCAACAUGCACACAAGUAAACGGUACCUUUCUCUGCGCCACAAGCACAUUCGAUGCCUUCCCAGGUCUACCCAUCUAUGCAAGCAAUGAUCUGAUCAAUUGGAAGCUGAUCAGCCAUGCUUGGAACCGAGAAGAACAACUACCAGGUAUCGGAGAACGAACGCUCGACCAGCAAGCCGGGAUGUACGCUCCUACGCUGAGAUACCACGACGGAGAGUUUUACAUCAUCUGCACUUACUUGUACAAUCGCGUGAAUGGGAGUGUUGGGACACUAUUCAGGACUUCCGAUCCUUUCGACAAUGCAGCGUGGUCUCAGCCAAUUCUGUUCGAUGCUCCUUCCAUCGAUCCAGAUCUCUUUUGGGACGAUGACGGCAAGCUGUAUAUGGCGUACGCGGGCAUUGGUCUGGCAGAACUCAAUGCUGAGACUGGGGAGCUCACAGAGGGAAUCAGGAUCUGGAAUGGCACCGGAGGCGUGUAUCCAGAGGGUCCUCACAUCUACAAGAAGAAUGGGUGGUAUUAUCUCUUGAUUGCAGAAGGAGGUACACAGCUCAAUCAUAUGGUGACUAUCGCUCGGUCGCGAAACAUCACUGGGCCAUACGAGGGUUUUGAGAACAAUCCCAUUCUGUCGAAUGCCAAUACGACCGAGUAUUUCCAAACAGUCGGUCAUGCAGAUUUAUUCCAGGACCAGAAUGGGAAAUGGUGGGGCUCAGGACUUGCCACGAGAUCCGGGCCGGAGUGGGAGAUAUACCCUAUGGGGCGCGAGACUGUCCUUUAUGCUGCUUCCUGGGACGGCGACUGGCCAGUCCUAGAUCCUGUGCGGGGUGUGAUGACCGGCUGGCCUCUUCCUUCAUCUUCAAAAGUGCUGCCAGCAUCUGGCCCAUACACCUGGGAGCCAGAGACUCUGAACUUCGCUCCCGGUAGUUCUCUUCCAGCGAGUUUCUAUACUUGGAGAUACCCUCCAUCCACCUUGACUUUCCAAAUCUCAGCUCCGGGACGCGAAAACACUUUGAGAAUCCUCCCAUCGCGUGCCAACUUGACAGGUUCGUCCGAGUCACCUGAACUAUCUGGUCUGCAAGGAAUUGCCUUUGUGUCAAGAAAGCAAGAACACACUCUCUUCACCUUUGCGGUGGAUCUGAGCUUCAAUCCCCAAAGACCUGGCCAAGAAGCCGGCAUCACGGCUUUCUUGACGCAACAGCAGCAUAUUGACCUUAGCGUGAGGCAUGCCAAAAGCUCGAGAAGGCAUGAGAGUCGGCAGCUCGUCUUGCGCACAUAUGCCGAUUCUGCCAAUUUGACAUCGAACCUCAAAACAAUACCACUGCCAAGCUCUUGGUCGAAAUCUACUGCCAUUAGGCUACAGAUCCACACGGCAAACGACACCAGCUACGUAUUUUCAGCGUGGCCGGCAGACAAUGCCAACGAGCGACUGAUUGUAGGCUCCGUUUCAGCGAGAAUUCUUUCCGGCGGCACAGGUCCAAUUACAGGCACUCUGCUAGGCGCCUUUGCAACCUGUAAUGGCGGGAAUGGCAGAAAUAAUACAUGUGCGGAUGCUGGUGGCGAAGCGUACUUCAGUAAUUGGAGUUAUACUGGUGCUGCGCAGAAGGUUGCUGCUUCUGAGUUUGUGCCAUCUGUGGCGUUGCAUGGAGCAAUCUAGCGCUGUUGCCGAAGCCAUCUGUCUCGUGCUGGAGAGGAAUAAAGUGCUAGGUCUUCAUUCCUAUGGGGGAAGUGAACUCUCUGCUUCGAUACCGUGGCAGUAGAUCCGCUCCAAAUCUCGGCAGUGGAAUUGGUGACGCAGCUGUAGUCGUUGGUAGAGAAAGGUGAAUGCGGCCGGACGCUCAUUGAACGCCUUCGAUGUACUCGUGAUGGCCUGUCAUUUCGCAGUCUGUUGAGGUGAGGUGCUCAAGCAAUGGGUCCCUACAGUAUCGCCCAACUCAGCUGCUCGUCUGCCCGGGCAGGUCUCCGCACAUCGUUGUCGCGAGUCUCGAAGCCUAGUUAGGUCCUAGGUGCGACAUCUCCGCUCGAUGCUCGCCUCAGAUCCAGAGAACCGAAUAUUUGGCUGCUAGCUCGAUGGCUCUAUACGACUCCGAGAUGCAGAGAAAUCACACAUUGCCCGCUUAUCGCGCCAAAGAGCCUUGAGCAACGACAUCAUGUGCUCUGCUCUACUGUACGUGACAGCAAGUAAAUCGGCGGCAGGAGAAACCUCGGUGCCAGAUCGUCCGCGCACCGAUGUUAUUACAUGGGAACGAUCGUUGCUGCAAGUGAUUUAAAGGUGGCCGCGGUCGCACCUAUGUAGGACAGGCAGUGCUGAAGAGCAAGGUCGACUAAGGAAAUCAGCUUCCGUUCUCUCACGUUGUCACAACUUAGCCUCAACGCC